CAUAUACUCGGGGACAGUUGCUGGUGCCCGAGAGGCUUUCUUCAAUAAUAUUCCCUCUGUUUCUUUUUCAUAUGACUGGGUUGGUGGGAAGAGCAAUGUUAAUGACUUUACACUAGCUGCUGAGGCUUGCAUACCCAUAAUUACUGCAAUAAUGGCUGAAGUUGGGAAUAGAACUUAUCCAAUAAAUUGUUUUUUGAAUGUAGACGUUCCAACAGAUGUUCUGAAUCACAAGGGUUAUCGGCUUACUAAGCAAGGAAAAAGUUUCGUCAAAUUGGGAUGGAAACAAAUUACCUCUGAAACACAAGGUGGGAAAAUGCUAUCAACAAUGACUAUGGAUCAGAAUUCAACAACAAGUGUAGAACCAAGUGAUUUGAGCACACAAAAUGAUAGUCUUAUAUUCCAAAGAGAAGUCAGGGAAGCACAGAUUGAUACUGAUGAUGCAGACUACUAUUAUCUUCAACAAGGAUAUAUAACUGUAACCCCUCUUGGCGCUUUAUCUAAUGCUGAAAUAGAUGGGGUGGAGUUCUUCAAAGAAUGGUUGCCUAGUGUGAGCGAAUCAUCUUUUUCUAAAAUGUGAUGUUUAAGUUAGCUGCGAGUACGAAAACCAAUUAUCCAGGACAUAAUGAUAUCAAAGGAACUGGAAAAUAGCCUUGAUUAUGUUUUUUUAAAUUCUUAGGGUCAUAUGAUUGAAUAUUCGAUCUGUAGUAUAUUAUUGAGAUACAUUGAGCUUGAAUUUCCUUGUAUGUAUAAAAUUGACAUUAUGGUUCUUUGGGAUUUGCUGUAAGAUAUAAUGCAGCGAAAACAUGUUAUAUACUCCCUCCAUCUCUAAAUUAUUGGCCAGUUUCACUG